UCUCCGUUUAAAUUUCAUGUCUUCUUGUCAAAACCUUAUCUAAAUUAAAUUUCUUCAUAACUGAACUCAUCACAUUCUCAGGCUAUCUAGUUUCUAUCAUCUCUGCUUUCAAAUUUCAUUCAAAUCCCUUGUUGUAUUUCUUCUUAUUUUCUGGGUAAUAGAGAACGACUCAUAGUGUCAGUGUUUCUUUUUGGCCAUUCUUGUUCUAGAUUUUCAUUUCUGAUUUCUUUCAAAUAAUGGCAUCAAGAACAGUCGCUAAAGACAUCAUCACUCUACGCGGUUCGGCAGCCAUUGUCAGCGAGUUUUUCGGUUAUGCGGCAAACAGUAUACUCUACAAUCGUGGGGUUUAUCCAGAAGAAAGUUUUGUCAAGGUGAAGAAAUAUGGACUCCCAAUGCUGCUUAAUCAAGAUGAGGGUGUGAAAUCUUUCAUUGCCAACCUUACGGCUCAGCUUUCAGAGUGGCUGGAAGCUGGGAAGUUACAGAGGGUUGUUCUAGUAAUAAUGAGCAAGGCCAACAAUGAGGUUUUAGAAAGGUGGAAUUUCAGUAUUGAGACAGAUGGUGAGGUUGUUGAGAAGGGCGUGUCAAGGGAAAAAAGUGACAAAGAAAUCAUGAGAGAGAUACAAGCAAUCGUGAGACAGAUUGCCUCAAGCAUCACUUACUUGCCUUGCCUUGAUGAACCCUGUGUGUUUGAUGUGUUGGCAUACACUGAUAAAGAUGUUGCAGUGCCAUUCACUUGGGUUGAGAGUGAUCCCAAGCUGAUUGUGAAUCCACAAAUGGUGAAAUUGCAUUCUUUUGAUACCAAGAUACACAAAGUUGACACUCUUGUAUCAUACAAGAUCGAUGAAUGGGAUGAGCAGUAGAGUGCUGCCAGAAGACCCUCAAUUUCUGCAGCAACAUUUUGAUUUCUUUAGUGUGCUGUGAAUCUUUCUAUUCACAUUUUGUUAUCACUAGGUUUGGGAAAGAAAAUGACCAAUCAUGUACUUUGGUUAAACAGGCUUCAUAUGUCUGUCAACCAAGGAACAAAGAAAGAAACUUGUAAGAUCAAGUUGGAAUUCUUUGUGUUUAAUUUUCAUUGGGAGGAAAGGGAGCUUUUGUCAUGCUUGUGUUGUACAAAAUUGAAAGAUGAAUAUGCUGUUUUAAGUUCA